AUGCCUAGCUUCGAACAUUCCCCGGCUCCUUUCAGAGUCCUUAUCCUCGGCGGCUCGUAUGCCGGCCUUGCAGCUGCUCUUAACCUAGUCGACCUCUGCCACGGUCGUCGACAUCGGUUCUCCAUUACAGAUGGUGAUAAUGGUACCGGAAAGGUGAUCCCGGUGCAGGUGACAAUCGUUGAUCCCCGUGAUGGCUGGUUCCAUCUGAUCGGACAGCCUCUCGCUCUGGCCUCCACGGAAUCUGCAGAGGCAUUCUGGUGCAAAUACUCCGAGACACCGGCCCUCCAGACCCCGAACAUCCGCACUUUACAGGGCACAAUCGACUCGCUAGACUGCACAUCAAAGCGAGCCACCAUCGCGACAUCUAAAGGCCCCAUUCAGGAGUCCUACGACUACCUCAUCACCUGCACCGGCCUGAGACGCGAGUUCCCUAGUGCCCCACGCUCGGUUACACGCGAGGACUACCUCGCCGAGUCAGCACAGAACCUCGCCAACGUCCGCGAUGCACCAAAGGGCGUUGCCAUUAUUGGCGGUGGCGCCGUCGGAAUCGAAAUCGCCGCCGAGUGCAAGAUGCUGCACCCGCACACGGACGUAACCCUAAUCCACUCGCGCGCCUCCCUCCUCUCCUCCGAGCCCCUGCCCGCUGAAUUCUCCGCAAAGGCCCUCGAAAUUAUCCGUGCUAGCGGCAUAAACACCGUCAUGGGCGCCCGCGUUAAUGAAACCACCAAGACAGACGACGGAUACACACUCACCCUCUCCACAGGCGAAACUCUAACCGCCAGCCACGUCAUCAACGCCGUCUCCCGCUUCACGCCUACCGCACCCAACUACCUCCCAGAAGGAAUUUGUGAUGAGGAGGGGUAUAUCAGGAUUAAGCCGACGCUAGAAUUCCCAUCUGAUGCUUCCCUUCCGGCAGAGAUUGCAGCGGACCAUUAUGCCGCUGGUGAUGUUGCACGGUGGUCUGGGAUUAAGCGUGGCGGGGCCGCGAUGCACCAGGGACACUAUGCGGCAAGGAAUAUCCACCAGAAAAUGAUGGCCAAGGUUUAUGGGACGACGGCGGAGUUUGUGGCGCUCGAGGAGGUGCAGUCGGGUAUGGGGAUUGCGCUGGGUGAGACGGCUGUGUCGUAUUUCCCGUCUAUGGGGCUGGGUGAGGGUGAGGAGACGAGGAAGAUGUUUUUUGAGGAUGACUUAGGGUUUAUGAUCUGUUACAGGUGGAUGCAGCUGGGCAAGCCGAUGCCACCCCCUGUUGAAGCGCCUGCGAGUGAAGAGACCACCAAGCCGGUCGCAGUGUCUAACCCGACUCCGGUCGAGGCUGCUGCUUGAAUUGCGUGUAGUGUUUUAUUUUCCACGGAGUAAUUCUUUGAUUUCAGGUCCAGUUUUCGGGAUUUUGUUAAAAAGGAGCUUAGGCUGGCUUAGAUUUUGCUGAUUGUUCGUUAAAUUAUCAAUCUGAUAUCCCCUGCAUAUCCGAGUAUGGCAUUUUUAAUAACGAUAAGUGAAUUCCUGCCAAAUCCACAGCCAUUCGCCCCUAAACUAUUCAGAGCACUGCUCCGGCAGCAUUAUCAGAACAACGUCCUGACCACAGAGUCCGGUGAUCGCUCCGAGACAAGAGUCUCAUCUUGUUCUCCAGUGGUUUCGCAAUUCUACAGUGUAAUUGGCGUAUUACCAAUAUGAUCAGAUCAGAUGGGCCGACCUGAUGCAGAUCAAUUAUUUUCCCAUCGCAGCAGUAUAUAUAUCUUCUCUUGAUCUUCUGUUGA